AUGACUCAGGAUAAGAAAGCCUUCUUUUUCUUCGCAGCCCUGAAUUCCUUUAUCCAAGGCUGUCUUGACUACGUAAGCUUGUACUCUGCUCACACAGCCUCUUGCUCUCACACAAUCUCUUGCUUAAACAUUUCUUGCUCCCACACGUCCCUAGCUCUUUCAACCCAGCAAUUCGCCCAACAAGCCAUCAUGGAGCAAAACAACGACCCCCAGGCCACACCCUCCAAUCCCCCGGCCGCACCAACCAACCCCCCGGCCAACCCCCCGGCCACACUCACGCCCGCUCAAGAGGUAGCCGCCCUGAAAAAGAAGUUCAAAAGAAAGCUCCGAAAAGUCGUCGCCAUGCGGGAGCAGACACCAAUGCUCGUCAGCCCCGCCACGGAAACACAAGCCAAGGGCACCUUGUCCUCUUGGGAUUCACUCUUCACUGGGGCGAAUCCGACGCAACGCUUGAAGGACAUGUACGCCAACCUUCGCAACUGUCUCAUGGUCGACAGCAAGUAUGGCCAUGCCGUUGCCCGCCUCCACCAGCUCGAGCUCGACCUUUUCCGGGUCAAGUACGAGGAAUACCUGUACGUGGCUUCGGCGCCCCAGGAGGUCCAGGACGCCGCUGGACAACUCUUCGUGGGACAAGUCGCCACCGCGCCGGCCCCGUGCUCCAUGCCUGGUUGGAGAGACCCGAUCCCGGGACUGCACAAUGAAGAGUUGGAAUUCUUCAUGACGCAGGAAUGGUCGGCCAUCAUGAAGCGGCUGGAGGAGGAGCGCAUCGCCAGGCUACCACCGGCCAGCGACAGGCCCUAUCGCCCCAAGCCUCUCCGUUUCUCCUGGGAAAGACCAAAGCCUUGGGAGCGCUCGUCUGGCAACGAUACCCUCCUCCAUCUCUGCUCCACCCUCGGCAGGCUGAGGAUGACUUCCACGACCGAAGUCGUCGAGAUGAUUGAGGAAUACGUCGACCGCACGACCAAGUGCAAGGAGCGCAGCCGCAUUCUGGACUAUGCGUCGCGGCGCUGGAUCGAUGACAUUACCGGGAUUCUAGAGACAGACCUCCGGUAUUUGGACUCUGUCCCCCAAGAGUGCUACGAGCACGUGCCGGCCUUGCGGCAGGCCAUGGGCGAUGCCGUCGCAAGGCUGCUUGAAGUCCAUGAUGAGUGGGGAGUAGAGCACCAGCUUCGUUUGGGCCGGUGGUGCGAGAGCGAGACUCAGUGGUAA